AUGAAACUUGAGAAUUACUUGAGAGAGAUGUUUCCGGUCGGAGAACACGUUGGCACUUCCGCCACCCCUAGUAGAGAAGGAAGCCAAAUUCUCAGGAAGAAUCUUGAAGACGCUAUUGUAAAACUCGAGCAAGUCAACAUGAAAAUUGUCGGAGCAAAAAAAAUCCUCACGGCUCUAGAACGCAUGAAAGCUGAAGCUUUAAAAGUGAAAAAGGGAAGCAAUGAACUGCAUCUUUUCGAACGCGCUGAUCACGCUGCCAAUGAAGCUGUCAGUCAUCUGAAGAACAUUGAUAAGUACGAAUCAGAAAUGAACAAAGCCGCUGAAAAAGCCAUAACCGUUAAGAUCGAAGAAAUCAUUUUCCUCACCGUAGUCGACGAAAUCAAGCAACUCGAAAACAAUCAGAAUCCUAAAAAAAUUCAAGACCUUGAAGCUGAUCUACAAAAAAAAGUCGACAAAGCUAUCAAAAAAACCGAAUCGAAUGAAGAAACGUAUCGCGGUGUUGCCGAACGCUAUUGGCAAUUUCUUGACGAUGUUAUUAAAAAAGAAGAAGAAUUAUAUCGUAAAAGUGCUGAGAUAUACAAGAGCUCUGCUAGUGAAGCCUCAAGUUGGUACAAUUUGUACAGACGUAAGGUCAAACGAGCCAAGAAAGUUGGGAGAUUUGUUCGAGCCAAACAAGACGCUCGAAUCAAGAAAGUCAAUCACUUAGUUCAAGAGCCCAUGGCUGCUCAAGACGGUGAAAGACCUCAGCUCAGCUCAAAUUUCGGAGCCGUUCUACCCGAGAAAUCCACUUAUGCUUCCCAGGAUCUCAUAGCCGCUCAUGCCACCCCUAUGAUUCAUCUUGAUACUGACAGUCAUGUCAUUCCAGCACCUGAAGAGCUGGACUUGACUUCGAGCCUUCCCAACCUUCCAAACGUAAGGAUGAAAUUCGAAAGAAAAAGACAAUCAGACCAUUUGGACGACAAUCGUGAAGGUGGUGUGCAAAACCGUCAACGCACUGAUGCUGAUCCGCAAGGUCUGUAA